AAUACAAUGCAUAAUUUUUGAUGUAUCACUGUCGUUUGUCUAAAAUUCCAAUUUUCCCAAUUCAAUAAAAGAUUCAAUAAAAUUGAAAAUUAUAGCUGCAGCCAAACUUGGUCGGAACAGAGCACAAACCGAAAAGUCUUUGGGCGAACAUCACGAUAAUGGCCGGAACUCGGGCGCGCAUCAAUAUCUACGUACCAAGUGAGUGCCGCUUCCCGGAGCUGACUAUCGUCGGCGGCAAUAGGGAUCCGGUGCAAUGGAUGCUGCCACGGCUAAGUGGCGACAAGUCGGAGCCGUCUGUCGUUGCCGAGGUGGCGGCUGCCACCAAGGAGGGGGACGCCGGUGUCAAGGGCAGCGGUCGCUCCCUCUAUGUCUAUGAUAGCGAGGGACGUAUGCUGGAGCAUGUCCGUUACCAGGGCAACGAUUAUCGCGGCGCCCUGCGUGCCGCCAUCAGUGCCACGCCCAACCAUUGGAGGGAUUGACCGCGUCCCGGCACACUAAACAUCCGGAUAUACUGAUAUCAAUAUGUGAGCCAUCGUGCACCACCGAAAUUCCACAAUCAAAUUUGCAGUUUCAGUCAAGCAACCAAAAUCCACCCACUCGAGGAUUAUCGCAGCGGGUGAAUUUCAUCAAAAUUGAUCGCUACAAAAACAAUAACUAAAAACAAUUACAAAAACAAUAGCAACAACAAAAACAAAUGAAAAA